CUGUGCGUGCAGAUCGGAUGCGCGGAGGGAGGAACAAGUUUGGACCCAUGUACAAGCGGGACCGUGCCUUAAAGCAGCAGAAGAAAGCUCUGAUCCGCGCCAACGGCUUCAAGCUGGAGACCAUGCCUCAGAUCAUGUCCCCGGUGCAGAACGACUACAGCCUGUCCUCCACCAUCCACAGCAUCCACGCCAUGUCCAAGACCUUGCCGCCCAACCCUGCCGCCCUGACGCCCGUCGACUACGAGCGCAGCCCCUACGGGACGCCCUCCCUGGGAAUAACUGUGCCCAGCCACGCGCCGCUGGCCAGCUACCACUACCCCUCCUUCCCCAGCCGCGCCAUCAAGUCCGAGUACCCAGACCCCUACACAAACGCGCACGAGUCCGUGCCUGCCUACAUGUACCCAGAGACCUACCCCAGCAGCUCCCCUCCCGACAUCCCCGAGGUCAUCCUGAAGCUGCUGCAGCUGGAGCCCGACGAGGCCCAGGUGAAGGCGCGGAUACUGGCCUGCCUGCAGCAAGAGCAAGGCAAAGGCCGGCACGAGAAGCUCAGCACCUUCGGCCUCAUGUGCAAGAUGGCUGACCAGACCCUCUUCUCCAUCGUGGAGUGGGCACGGAGCUGCAUCUUCUUCAAGGAGCUGGAGGUAGGAGCCUGGGCAGGGGGGAGGGAUGCCGCACUGGGUGGGCGAUGUGAGGCAG